AUGAACGUGACCGUAUGCGAAGUCGGUCAUUUAGAAAACUGCCCGCGUAUAAGCGAAAAUCGUUUAAAAACAAUUAAAAUGGAGGAUUUCCAAUGUUUAUCAAAAUUAAAUUUAUUAUCUCUGUCUAAUAACCUUAUCGCAUAUAUAGCUCCGAACACGUUUCAUAAGCUGGCAUCAUUAGCAACUUUACGCUUAUCAAGUAAUGCUCUCAGAAAUUUGAAGUCGAACGUUUUCGGAGACGGAUGCGGCAUAAAAUACCUGCAUAUAUCGAACAAUCGAUUACAAGAGAUUGAUUCGUCGUCAUUUUGCAGCUUAGGAAAACUUCAACUUCUGGUUUUAUCAGGAAAUCACAUUACCAAUCUUACUAGAGGAUCUAUAAGCUGCCUUAAGACACUAAGCACUUUAUAUUUAAGGAAAAAUGAUAUAGAAGAUAUUGAAGCAAGAGCUUUUUGUGGCGCAACCAAUUUACAAGCAUUGAUUUUAAGCCAGAAUUUAAUCAAAGAAAUAGCGCCAUCGGCAUUUUGCGACAUGCCUUCACUUUCCCUUCUAAAUUUAAGUCAUAACGCCAUCCAAGACAUAGAAAAUAAUUCGUUUUGUGAAACCAUGAGCCUAACUGCAUUAGAUCUUACCGGAAAUCUACUGACUAAGAUUACUAAUAAAACUUUUGCAUGCCUAGGCAAACUCUUUAAGCUCCAACUCAGCUAUAAUAACAUGCAAGAUAUUGCUCCUCGUUCAUUUUGUACGCUAUUGAAGCUAAAACGUUUAUAUCUAGAUCAAAACAAACUGCAAAAUAUAUCAGAAUCGAUGCUUAGUUGUUUAAAAAAAUUGCUGACUCUAAAUCUGAAUCUAAACGAAAUAAACAACAUCAUGGUCGGUGCAUUUGAGGAUCUUGUUAUUUUACAAGAGCUGAGACUGGUCGAUAAUCUAAUAUUUGAUUUAAGUUUAUUCUACAAUUUAACUUCUAUACAGUUGCUAUCUUUAGAAAGUAAUCAGAUAUCCACAAUUAGCCCAGUCGCCUUUACCAAACUAGCAAAACUUGCUACACUGAAAUUAGCAGGAAAUCACUUAUCCAGGUUCAAUGGCUUAAUAUUUUCGGCAAAUGUUACACUAAGCGUUUUAGGAUUAGAAAAGACAAAUAUCAGAAGACUUAGCGGUCCUGAUAUUUUCAAUGGAAACCAAACGCUUGCCGAGCUGAAAAUAACACAUAACUACUUGCAAGAAUCCCCUCCGCUCAAUUUUAAUGGUGUACCAUCGCUAGAAUCACUAUUUCUACGUAAUAAUCGUUUGAAUAGUGUUCAUGAUCUGACUAUGGCUAAUUUAAAAAGUCUCAGGAAACUAGACUUACGUGGAAAUCACCUAAAAGACUUGACCUUUUUGCAACCAUUAAUAAGUCUAAGUUUUCUAUAUCUAGACAAUAACCGAAUUCGAUCGGUAAAGAGUACCUUUGAUGGAAUAAGUUCCUUAACAAAUCUAUCCUUGGAGGGUAAUCACAUCGAUUCAUGGAAUGCAUUACGAUUUAAUAAUACCAAAUUAAUAAGCCUUAUCUUUGAUAACAAUAAUAUUUCCCACAUCGAAUCAAAUUGCCAAUUAAUAUUCGAAAGAUUAAGCCACAUAAACAUAGCUGGAAAUAACGUUAAGAAACUAUCUACCGAUAUUGAUCCGUAUUUUUUUCGAAGCCUGGAUAUUAGUGACAAUCCUAUAAGACUGCAAAAUAUCAAAGGAAUUCUGAGAAGACGAACAGUAAUUUACAUAACAGCAUUAGAUAUCAGCAAUAAUAACCUAGGAUCAAUCGAUAUUGCAAACCUUGCUGCGGACAGUUACAAGAAUCUCGAGGCGCUAUACGUACAAGGUAAUAGCUUAGCUUUCGUUACACAGACAUCCUUUUUUGGACCACCCGAUCUAUCUACGGUGCUAUCUGGGCGAGAUUAUCUUUGUUGUAUGGUUCCUGGUAAAGUUAAGACUUGCCAACCAACAAAUUUAAUUUAUUCUGAUGGUGAUUUUGGAUUACAUUCCGAAAAUUGGCUAUCGAAUCCUGGUUGUCAUAUCGCUUGCCUUCUAGUAAUAAUAUCAACACUAAUGUCGGUUCUUAUUAUGGCUAUCAUUAGUGUUGAUAGAUUUAUUUGCAUUGCUUAUCCUUUCUCUACUGCUAAUUUAUCUCUGAAAGUUGCUAGAAUCACUCUUGGACUGGAAGUUAUCGCCUCUUUUAAUGCUAUAGAAGACUAG